UAAGCUUGUUUCUCCCUUUAUUCUGAUUUUUGUAUCUAACUCAGUUAUAUAUAUUAAUUAAAAAUAAAAAUUAUUGCAUGCAUGCAGAGCAAAGGCAUACAUAUAAUAAUAUAAUGGAGGAGAGUAAUGUGUUAGAGCUGAGUGUGGAAUUAGGACAUCCCACAUUAGUCCCUCCUGCAAAGGAAACCCCAAAGGGACUCUAUUUUCUCUCAAAUCUCGAUCAAAAUAUAGCCGUUAUCGUUCGAACCGUCUACUGCUUCACCGGCGCGGAUGACCAAAAUUCCAAUAAUAAAAAUGCAUGCAAAACCAUCAAGGAAUCUUUACAGCAUAUCCUGGUUCACUAUUAUCCACUGGCAGGGCGGCUGAAAUUGAGCUCCGACGGAAAGCUGAUAGUCGAUUGCACCGGAGAAGGUGCCGUUUUCGUCGAGGCUGAGGCUAACUGCGCUAUUCGACAACUCGGCGACACGUUGAAGCUUGAUCAUUCAACUCUAUGCAAACUUGUUUAUGAUAUUCCUGGUGUGGACAACAUUUUGCAGAUACCUCCUCUUGUGGCUCAGGUGACAAAGUUCAAAUGUGGAGGGUUUAUACUUGGAGUAUGUGUCAACCAUUGCAUGUUUGAUGGUGUUAGUGCAAUGGAGUUUGUGAAUGCUUGGGGGGCAACGGCUAGAGGUUUGCCGCUAGCCGAACCCCCGUUUCUUGAUCGAACCAUUCUGAAUGCCAGAUGUCCACCUAAGAUCGAGUAUGAUCACCGUGAAUUUCUUGAAAUACAAGACGUAUUGUCACCCAAUAGUGAUGAAUUGCUAUAUGGAUCCUUCGUUUUCGACCAAGAAAAAAUCGAAAAAUUAAAGAAAGUAGCCAUGAAUGAUGAUGGCAAUAAAAGGGUUGUUCUUAAAAAAUGCACUAGUUUUGAAGUGCUCUCUGCAUUUGUAUGGAGGGCUAGAACAAGGGCAUUGAAUUUCCCUGAUGAUCAAGAAACAAAGCUAUUGUUUGCCGUGGAUGGGAGGAACAAAUUCAAGCCACCACUUCCGAAGGGCUACUUUGGGAACGCAAUUGUUUUGACGAAUUGUAUAUGCAAAGCAGGGGAGCUACUGGAGAAGCCACUCUCACACGGGGUUCGAUUAGUUCAAGAAUCAAUUAAAACGGUUAAUGACGGUUACAUGAGAUCUGCAAUAGACUAUUUCGAGGCAACAAGGGCAAGGCCUUCCCUUAAUUCGACUCUGCUAAUCACAACAUGGUGUCAAUUAUCGUUUAAUACAACGGAUUUCGGAUGGGGAGAGCCAUUUUUUUCGGGGCCCGUUGGAUUACCGGAGAAGGAAGUUAUACUGUUUUUGUCUAAUGGGAAAGAUAGAAAAGGUGUAACUGUGCUUGUAGGUUUGCCAGUUUCUGCCAUGAACAAGUUUCAAGAAUUGUUGCAAGAAGUAUAACAUCUUUCCUUUAUCUUGAUUUGUACUACUACUACUUUUUAACCAAUGAACAAUAGUUCAUACACUUGUUGUCACAUCUUCUCAUUUCUAAAGUGAGGAUUGUUAGUAAAAAUAAAAAUCUCCUUAAAAAUUUAUACAUAUAUAUGACAUAUCAUAAUCUUACAUGAAGGAUAGAUCAAAACAAGUAAAACA